AUGAAUAGUCCAUGCUUGCAUGAAAACUGUGGGAAAUCAGCAGUUAAAGGACUAGCGUCAGGGCUGGGAUAUGGCGCAAAAGUAAGGUUUACACAUUCAAUUGUAAUUUCUGCGUUAUUUGGGAAAGGGAAUUUAAAGAAGAGGGUUCUGCAAAUUAUUAAAAAUACAACAGAGCAUUCGAAGAACUUGGGGGUUUAUGUGUUUAUAUAUAAAAGCUUAUUAUGCUUUAUUACGAAGAUCAGAGGAAAAGCUGCGCCAGGAAAUUCAGCGAUGUCAGGUCUUAUUUCGUCGUAUUUUAUAUUUUCAAAAGAAACCCCAGUGAAUAGUCAGAUUACUCUAUAUUUGUUUUCAAGAAUUUUGACUGGUAGCACAAAACUCCUUUAUGCGAGAAAAAUUAUCCCGGCAAUGCCCUGGCUUGAAAAGUGGAGUUUUGCUUUGCUGACGAUUUUUUGCUGGGCAAGUGUAAUGUAUUUGUUUGAAAAAGACAAAACUUGUCUGCAAUCCUCAUUAGCAAGCUCAAUGGAUUUUCUUUAUGUGGAUUCCGAAAAAUGGAAAGGUGUUGUUGAUUUUAUUCCAUUUGGGGAGAGUUUACAGACGUAUUUUGGUAAAUUAGGCCUAAUUAAGUUUUAA